AGAAGAAGACGAGGCGAGCACGAACAAACGCUGCGACCUCUUCUCCCACCCCAAACGAGCAGAGAUGGCGGCGGCGGUCGGCGGCGCGGGCAAUGGAGCCGGCGAGGAGGCCGGCGGCGCGGAGUUCUACCUGCGCUACUACGUGGGGCACAAGGGCAAGUUCGGGCACGAGUUCCUCGAGUUCGAGUUCCGCCCCGACGGCAAGCUCCGCUACGCCAACAACUCCAACUACAAGAACGACACCAUGAUCCGCAAGGAGGUCUUCGUCUCCCCCUCCGUCCUCCGCGAGGCCAGGAGGAUCAUACAGGACUCUGAGAUCAUGAGGGAGGACGACAACAACUGGCCGGAGCCCGACCGGGUGGGCAGGCAGGAGCUCGAGAUUGUCAUGGGCAACGAGCACAUCUCCUUCACCACCUCCAAGAUCGGCUCCCUUGUUGACGUCCAGACCAGCAAGGACCCCGAGGGCCUCCGCAUCUUCUACUACCUCGUCCAGGACCUGAAGUGUUUUGUGUUUUCACUUAUCAACCUCCACUUUAAGAUCAAGCCUAUUCAAUCCUGAGCUUCUUUCUGUCUCCCAAUUGUGUUAUGGUACUGUUGAGUGUUAGAGAAUUCUGUAUUAUGUAACUUGCAACGAGUCGCUAGUGAUGCAGUUUGGGAUGUGUGUAGAACACCGGGGUGAUAUCUUGGCAUCACCAAAAGUUGUUGGAUUGUGCAAACUGCGAGUGCCCGUUACUCUAGUAGUGAUAUUUAUGAAUGUUUCUUUCCCACUGUCA